AUGGCUUCCGCUCUACUGUAUACCGCUGCUUCGGCAUUUAUUAUCAACAAGUUUGCCAUCGCGCAACCAACUCGUGCGAUCGAUGCGGAUUUCCCUGACCCUUGCGUUAUCCAAGGCAGCGAUGGAUACUAUGCGUUUGCUACUGGUGGCAAUGGUGUGAAUGUUCAAGUUGCUACUUCUCCUGACCUCGCGACGUGGGAGCGCUUGUCCGGCACCGAUGCAUUGCCUGGGCCUUUCCCAGCGUGGGUCGCUGGGUCCCCUGCGAUUUGGGCUCCCGAUGUCAUUCAACGCGACGAUGGAACAUUCGUGAUGUACUUCUCCGCCUCUACCAGUCAGGAUACCAGCAAACAUUGCGUCGGGGCUGCUACCUCAUCUAGCAUUACUGGGCCCUAUACACCCGAGCAGAAUCCACUUGCCUGUCCUCUUGACCAGGGCGGUGCGAUCGACGCCGACAGCUACAAGGAUGCAGACACCUUCUAUGUCGUAUACAAAGUGGACGGCAACAGCCUUGAUGGAGACGGCACAACCCAUUCAACUCCCAUCAUGCUGCAGGGCCUGAACUCAGAUGCCAUCACCCCUAAUGGUGGCGCGACCCAGCUUCUUGACCGCGACGACAACGAUGGCCCACUCAUCGAGGCACCGAGUAUUGCUAAAGUUGGAGAUACCUACUAUCUUUCCUUCUCUUCUAACAUGUAUGACACCACCAAUUAUGAUGUCAGCUUUGCAACCGCCGGUGCAAUUGCUGGACCCUACACAAAGGCCCAUGCCCCGGAUGCCCCUCUGCUCGUGACUGGAUCGUCGAGCAACGUUGGCGACUUGAGUGGCCCCGGUGGUGCGGAUUUCAACAGUGAUGGUUCCAAGAUUGUUUUCCACGCUUUUGCGAAUGGCAAGGAUAUUUCGAAUGGACGGGCGAUGUAUGUUGCUGAUAUUGCGGCAUCUAACAAUGUAUUGAGUGUGCUGUGA